GCUUUUGUUCCUCUUCUGCAGAGCCUGGUCACUCUAUGUGCUAACUGUCUUCCAAUGUGUCACGAGUGUCUCAGCCAGGGAGAUCUUCCUGAUGGAGAGGAAUCUUUUUAUACUUGAGUACAUAAGUGGAUACUACAGAGUGUCAUCUUACUUCCUUGGAAAACUGUUAUUUGAGUUCCUAUUCAGGAGGUUUUUCCCAAGUUUUAUAUUUACUGGUAUACUAUACUGGAUAUUAGGGCUGAAACGGGGGAUAACAGCUUUCCUCAUCACAAUGAUUACCACUUUGAUGGUGGCUUAUUCCACCACUGCCAUGAUCCUGGCUAUAGGAACACGUGAGAAUGCAGCAUCCGGAAAAACACGUCUGGUGACCGUCUAUUUUGUGUUUAUGCUGGUUUUCUUGGGUAUGUCAUUGAAUUUUGAAACCAUGGCACCUCAGCUCUCCUGGCUUCAGUACUUCAGUAUUCCUCAUUAUGGCUAUAUGGCUUUGCAGCAUAAUGAAUUUUUGGAACAAAAGUUCUGUUCAGGACCCAAUACAACAAUGAGCAACUGCCGUCCCAGCUUUUUGAUGUAAGUUUGAGUUCAGUGUCCUAAAGGAUUGCUUACUUUCUACUGUGGUGUGAUGUAGAAAGUCCCCUGGGCUUAGAAAAAAUUUGAGACCUUCCAGGGUCAACAAGAGUUUCUGAAUCUAUGUUUUCUCACUCUUAAAGUAAGCCAUGGUGCACUGGUAAUGCAUGGGAACAUGCUGUGCAUGUAUUUGACUGCAGUCAAAAUUGUAUUUAAUGUGGAGAAUUAUCUGUUUUGAGCUUUUGAAAGACUGAUGUUUUAGUUGUGGUUUUGAA